GUAAUUGCUUCCCAGCCGUGCUAUCAGUCAGCUCCUCCUUUACACAUGCAGACAUGAAGCACUCCUUUUUAUCUAUAAACAGCCACUGACAUAUAUGCAAACAGGUGACACGUAGGCUGCUGCUGACUGUGUACUAAACAGGUGGAGCUAGUAAAAGUGCUCCCACUAGGAAUAAAUCUCUGAGUAGACCAGUAUAUUUCUUUAACAUAGUGGAAGGAGGUAGUCUACUAAGUUCUCACUAUGUCUGAUGGGGACUACGAUUACCUUAUCAAAUUUUUAGCUCUUGGUGACUCUGGAGUAGGAAAGACCAGCCUUCUCUACCAGUACACAGAUGGCAAAUUUAAUUCCAAGUUCAUAACAACAGUGGGCAUUGACUUUCGGGAAAAGAGAGUGGUGUAUAGAGCCAGUGGGCCAGAUGGCAUUAGUGGCAGAGGACAGAGGAUACAUCUUCAGCUGUGGGACACUGCAGGGCAAGAAAGGUUUCGUAGCUUGACAACAGCUUUUUUCAGAGAUGCCAUGGGAUUUCUUUUACUCUUCGAUCUGACAAAUGAGCAGAGCUUCCUCAAUGUCAGGAACUGGUUAAGCCAGUUACAAACGCACGCGUAUUGUGAAAACCCUGAUAUUGUGCUAUGUGGAAACAAGAGUGAUCUGGAAGACCAAAGAACUGUGAAAGAAGAAGAGGCAAAGGAACUUGCAGAAAAAUAUGGAAUACCAUAUUUUGAAACAAGUGCGGCUAAUGGAGCUAAUGUAAGCAAGGCAGUUGAAACUCUGCUUGAUCUUAUCAUGAAGCGGAUGGAACGGUGUGUGGACAAGUCAUGGAUACCGGAAGGGGUAGUGCGUUCAAAUGGGCAUAGCUCUACAGAGCAGCUACAUGAGGAGAAAGAGAAAAGCAAAUGUGGUUGUUGAGAAAUUUGAUUGCAACAGUAAUUUAACCUAUACAGUAUUUAUGUUAAAGUAUAGUGCAGUUGCAUCUUAACGGAUUCAUUUAUGGACCCCUCUUAUCAUAUAGGUAUAUAGUAAUAAAGCAACCUUAAUUCUUGAUAUUCGCUUUCUAAUAACAUUGAGCAUUGCUUGGCAGAGUUUUAUAAUUUAUCAGAAGUUUGCCAGUGAUGUAUUUUUAAGAGUUUGGUGCACCGCUGAACAUUCCCAACUUUCAGUACUGUCAAACUGUGACAGUGGUAAGUCCAUCAACAGAGCUUUUUAAGUCCUAUUUGAACAGAAAUGUUCCACCAUCAUAUCAUUAAUUCUGAUAAAAUGGAGAAUAUGUGCUUUGCACACCAGUAGCUUCUCCUUGUUGAAACAAACAAUUGGUUUCUAGGGACAGGAAUUAAAACAGGACUAUUUAUAUGGAAUAAAAAGCUGUCUGAGAAAGGCCAAGGUGACACUUGUGCAAUACUACUGAUAUGUCACGCAUUCUCAAAUUUGAUUUUCUAAAUCCCAGUUGUACAAUAGAAAAUAUUUGGUACAAACAGACUGCCUAACAUAAUUUGAAUUCAAGAACAUACUGAGGCAUAGAUAUAUGUAGGUGGUGUAUGUGUACAUGUAUAUAUGAUUGCAUCCAUUUUAUAUACAAACUCUCUUAUGUUUUAACAGGAAUUUAGGGAAAGAUAAGUAUCAGCAAAAUUUCAUCAGAGCUAGUGCUUUGCACUGAAUUGGCUUAUACCAAGCGCACAUUUGGAACAUUUCUUCUUCAAAUUUGGAUCGAAAAUUUUAUAGUGGCUCCAUUCUGGAGAGAGACAGCUGCCUGAGACCUCAGUGUUGUUCAAAUCAGCAUAUCUGUAAAUUUAUAAAGCAGGUUUUCUUCUGUUUACCUCUGGGUCCUGUACAUCUUGGUUAUUGUACGUUUUGUUCAUUUACUUUAGUCUCUCUUCAAAAAGAUAAGAGAGAUUCACAUUUUGAUCAUGGAAAUAUCUACUUUGGUUUUGAUAGAUGAUGUUAAAUCUUGAUCAGUUUUAUCUUUACCAUUUAAGGAAUAUUUAGUAUUUUGACAGUUAUUUUCAGCCAGAUUAUGUGAUAUGCCUAACAAGUUAUAAUUUAUCCUAGCAAAAUCCAUAGAACUCUAAAGUAUUGCUGAGUCUUAAAUACCAAAUUCAAUUUUUUUAUAGACUUCACAAAACUCCAAAGCUACUUUUUCUUUAAGAAAUUAAAUUUUUAUGUAUUUAAAUAUUCUGGUUAGUUUGACUCCUGCAAGUUCAGAUAGACGUCGACAGGUUAUUUACCAACAUCAGUUGUGAUAUAAUAAUUCUUUAAAUAAAAAUGAAUAUAUUAAAGGACCAAAUGUAUUGAUAAGAAGGGUAGUUGAGAAGCAAAAUAUACCUUUUGAUAUAAUCUCUGUUUAUCGCAAAAUGCAAAAGUGUUAGAAAUCACUGCUCAUUCUCAGAAUUCUGAAAAGCAAUCCAUUUGUUCUUCAGCCAACACAACGUGUAAAUAUAUUUAGUUUAUUACAACCACAUAUGCGAUUUUUAGACGUGCAAUAUAACUUGAAUGCUAAGGAGCUAUGACAGAUGUUAAAGCAAAUUAUGUAAAUAUAUUGCAUUUUCUAUUAUACAAUACCGAGAAUCUAAAACACCUGUGGACCUGAGUGACUAUAGUCCAAUUCACAAGUGCCUUUUGAAAUUGCCAUCAUCUGCAUUGCCAGAGGAGUAAGAAUUUUUUUUCCGAAGACCACAAUUCAUCUCAGUGCACUAAGAUUUUUAAUAAAGAAAUGUAACCAUCAAUUUUCAGACGGUAUCAAUGGAAUUUUGUCAUGCAUACUUUAAUGGGAUUUAUGGGUUAAAAACCCAUCCAGUGUCUGAAAAAAAAAAAGUAAGGAAUACUGCAUUCAAUUACUGAGUUAAAUGACUACUGAAAUGGCUUAAAAUAUUUCCCUUUGAAUACAUAUGUGUUUAGAUUUUAUACGAAAUACUGAAAUCGUUAUAUUUUUUAUCUUCUAUAUUGUAUGUAUCUAUUUACAGUGUACAAAAAUAAAGUCUAUCUUUAUGAAAU